AUGACUGAGGAAGAAGUUCCCGCUCCGGUUGAGAAAGUUAUCCGGAUCCAGAGGGUGUUUAUUAACCUGUUGGACACGUACAGCAGCGGAAACAUCGGAAAGUUUCUAUCUAACUGUGUAGCCGGGGCUUCGCUUGAGGAAAUUACAGAGGAAGAGGAAGAGGAAGAUGAAAGUAAGUCAGCAGCCCUGGAAGCUUCAUCAGUCAAACUCAAGGAAGGCACCUUCCAGAUUGUGGGCACGCUUGCCAAUCCCGAGAGCACGCAGCUGGAGUUUGCAAUGGAGACGUACGCUGCCAUCUCCCGAGAAGACCUGCUCAUGCGUCUGAUGGAAUGUGAUGUCAUCAUCUACAACAUCACCGAGCACCCCCAGCAGGUGGAGCAGGCCAUCUGGGCAGUGUCUGCCCUGAACGAAGAGGUCAGCCAUUUUGAAAAGCGGAAGAUCUUCAUCUUGCUGUCCACAGUGAUGACCUGGGCACGCUCCAAGCCCCUGGACCCUGAGGACAACGAGAUUCCGUUUACUGAGGAGGAUUAUCGAAGAAGGAAGCACCACCCUAAUUUUGUGGAUCACAUCAAUGCUGAAAAGAUGGUCCUCAAAUUUGGGAAAAACAUGAAAAAAUUUGCAACUUAUGUGGUUGUGGCUGGACUGCAGUAUGGAAUGGAAGGAGGAAUCUUACACACUUAUUUUAAGACCGCUUGGCUGGGUGAAGUCCCAGCAUUAUCAGUGUAUGGCGAUGGGUCAAAUAUAAUUCCAGCAAUUCACGUGCUUGAUUUAGCAGGAGUGAUACAGAACGUAAUUGACCACGUGCCGAAGGUCCACUACCUGGUGGCUGUGGACGAGUCUGUCCACACCCUGGAAGACAUCGUCAAGUGCAUCAGUAAAAAUACUGGCCCUGGGAAAAUCCAGAAGUUACCCAAAGAAAAUGCUUUUCUGACCAAGGACUUAACACAAGAGUGUCUGGACCACUUACUGGUGAAUUUGAGGAUGGAAGCGGUCUUUGUGAAAGAGAAUUUUAACAUCCGAUGGGCGGCCCAAACAGGGUUUGUGGAAAAUAUCAACAACAUCCUCAAAGAGUACAAGCAAAGCAGAGGGUUACUGCCCAUCAAGAUCUGCAUCCUUGGCCCCCCCGCAGUGGGCAAGUCCAGCAUCGCGGCGGAGCUGUGCAGGUACUACAAGCUGCACCACAUUCAGCUGAAGGACGUCAUUGCAGAGGCCAUCACAAAGCUGGAAGCAAUUGUCGCGCCCAAGGAAGGAGGGGAGGAAGAAGACGAAGGUGAAGAGGAGGAAGAGGAGAACGUGGAAGAUGCACAGGAACUCCUAGAAGGCAUCAAGGAGAACAUGGAGCAGAAUGCAGGUCGACUAGACGACCAAUACAUAAUUAGAUUUAUGAAAGAAAAGCUAAAAUCUAUGCCUUGUAGGAAUCAAGGUUACAUUUUGGAUGGUUACCCCAAGACCUAUGAUCAAGCAAAAGACUUGUUCAGUCAAGAUGAUGAUGAAGAGGAAGAAGAAAUCAGAGGCAAAAUGUUCCCCUUUGAUAAAUUAAUCAUACCCGAGUUCGUGUGUGCGCUGGACGCCUCCGACGAGUUCCUGAAGGAGCGUGUGAUGAACCUUCCCGAGACCUUCGUAGUGGGGACCCACUACACCCAGGACCGCUUCCUCCGGUCCCUUAGCAACUUCCGGGACAUCAACACCGACGACGAGACCGUCUUCAACUACUUCGAUGAGCUUGAAAUUCACCCGAUACCCAUCGAUGUAGGGAAACUGGAAGAUGUGCAGAACAGGCUCGCUAUCAAGCAGCUCAUCCGAGAGAUCGGGGAGCCACGGAACUAUGGUCUAACAGAUGAAGAGAAGGCAGAGGAGGAACGCAGGGCUGCUGAGGAGCGGCUGGCCAAGGAGGCCGCUGAGGAGGCAGAACGUGAGCACAACGAGGCUGUGGAGCAGGCAGAGAAGAUGGCGCGCUGGGAGGAGUGGAAUAAGCGGCUAGAGGAAGUGAAGAGAGAAGAAAGAGAGUUACUGGAGGCCCAAUCGGUCCCCCUGAGGAACUACUUGAUGACUUAUGUGAUGCCCACCCUGAUGCAAGGACUAAACGAGUGCUGUAAGGUCAGACCUGAGGACCCCGUGGACUUUCUGGCAGAAUAUCUCUUCAAGAACAAUCCUGAAAUGCAGUGA